UCACACUGCCCACCAACACACUGAGACUCCACUGGCACAAAUGCACCGAUGCUAAACCAUAGCUGUACGCCCAAGGGAGGAACGCAAGGCAGCGAGUCGCGCCGAUAGAAAUGGAGGACCUUCGCGAUCCCGAACCUCGGGAGAGCCUCGAACCGGCAGCCCCGAUGGGUAGUGAAAGAGAGCCGCGGGUACCGGCAAAAGCGGCCACCCAAAACUCCCCAAGCAAGAAUCUCGAGCUUGAUACCGAGUCGGACAUCUGGGCCGCGUUAACGUCACUCCCUUCCGCCCAUGGCUCUUCCGCCCACGGCCUUGAGUCGUCGAUAAGGCUUGGCACGGGUGAAAACAGCGAGCUGAGCGAAUCCCCGGCGGAAAUUCCGAAUUUUAGAAUGAGUCAUUCUGUUGCUCAUUUUGGUACUCAACAACAUGGAUCGCUAACACUUCAUCGCACCGACGACCAUCGCACCGACGAUUGGUCGGACCAGCUCCCGAGAGUGACAGAGAGUCAGAGGGUCAGGGAGACAGAGAUUCUGAGUCUCAGGGAGUCAAAGAGUCUCCAUCAUGACACCGUGUCAUAUCCCGUGACAGUCGCAGGGGUUGAGACGAUUCCCGCGCCGCAGGGGCUGCCAGUGGCAGGAACCAGCGGCUCGGCGGCGCUGAUCGCGCAGCGCCUCGCGGAAGUGGAGGAGCAGAUCGCGCGGCUGUGCGAGCGCAAUGCCAGUGGCGCCGCGGUUUUCGCGGCUCCGGCGGUUGCGGCGGCGGUUGCGUCGGGAACGCCUCCACCAGAAACAAGGCGCCGCCGCCGCAACGCGGCGUGGAUUAUCGACGCGAUUGGCGGCGACGAGCGCCAGACCGGGCUGCAACAGACAAUCGGGGAGGCGCCAACUGGGGAGGCGAUGACCGUUAGACGGGGCGCAAACUCGAGGCUUGAACCCUCUCAUCUCGAGGCAGCCACCGCCGCCGCGGCGGGGAUCGCGCCAGAUGCCCUCGUCGCACCAGACGCAGCGACGGCGAUUCCAACCGUGACUGCUUCUGCCGACGCCCCUCAGAGUCCUCUGGGCCCGCGAUCGCCGCUAUCGCCAUUGGAAGAGGCACUGCGGGGCGCGCUCAGAUUGGACGGGCGCCGAGGGAUUACACUCACCGGCACUGCCGCUGCCAGCAGUCCCUUCGAGCCGCAAGCCACCCCUGCCGGCCCUCCCGACGCUGCCGGCCCAGCAGCGGUCUCGUUUCAUUUCCUCACGGGCACCGCCGGCGGCGCUGCCGCUGCCGCCGCAACCGCCGCCAUUCUUGCUGACGCCGAUGCGGACAGCGCCCCGGGUAGCGAGAUCUUUCGCGUGCGUGGCGACAUUGACGGCAGUUGGCUUCCCGUUGGCAGUAGAGCGUACUUGGGGGAAAGCGGGGAGAAUCAUGCGCUCCGCGUGGAUGGGGGGGCGAGAAGUGCGGUGGCCAGCAGCAGAGGGGAAGGCGGCGCGCACAAGAGAGACUUGGCGCAGCAGCAGCGGAUUGCGCGCGCUGUGCAUCAUGGCAAGCGGAGGAGAUUCCGCGGGGUGACGGGCGGGGAGGCUGGUCGCAGCAGCAGCUGGGACGAAGCAGCAGCAGCAGCAGCAGGAACAGUAGCAGCAGUAGCGACAGUAGCGACAGCAGGAGCUUACAGUUCGUCUCCUCCUGUGUCGGCUUGGAGUGAGGGCUCGUUGCUGAUUGGAGGGGCGUAUCUGCCACCUGUCAGCGACGGGUUGGCGGCUUCAGAUGGGUGGCGAACUGAACGGCCGAGGGAGGGCGAGGAGUACGUGUGCGAGCUGCUGGACACGUGGCGACGAGAGAACGCGCUGAGAGCUGCCGCCCAGAAUGCCGAGAACUCCGCCGUCUGCGGAUCACAGGGCGGCGAAAGGGAAGUUGUAGGAACGGGAGGCGGAAGUAUCAUUACAACGCCGCCGGUCGAACUAGGUUCGCCAGCGGGUACCACCCGUGGGACUCGAACCAGAGUCCUGGCAAGCUGGGGCAGUUGCGGAACGAAACCGCUUCUGCGCCUGGACGUCAGCAGCAGCGGCGCAAGCGGCGUGAGCGGGGUAUUCGUUCCCACGCCAGUCACGCCUCUCACGCUGGCGAGCCCGCAAGCCGCCGUCGCCGUCGUUACUACCGCCGCUGGAGUGGGCGCGGCAGAUCGGGCCGCUGCGGCACGUCGUGCGGCGGACUUCGCGGAUGGCGCAUCCACCGUUGCCGUGGCGGGGGAGGCAUGGAGGGAGCCCGCGGAACAGCUCGGCUCCGCGCAUUGGGCACCUCUCAGCUCACCUGCAGGUGGGGAGAAUGGAUCUGAAUUUGUUUCUGGAGCUUGUCCGUCGGAUCGGCUGCUCGUCUCGCAAUCCGUGACUGGGUUUCAACUCGAGCCGUCGGAUCAACUUCUAUUCGCAAUGAUGGAUCAAUCAACGGCUGACGCUGGUCUCACACGAAACUCAGCCCAUCUCUUCGCCAGGGCUCAACCAGGAAACAGCUUGCUCUUACCAUGCCUUACCGACGGUAUCCAGCGCCUUGCUGUUGACCGCGUUGACCGCGCUAACCGCGCUGACCGUGCUGACCGUCCGAGAGUAGGCUCAGCUUCGCGGUCAACUUGUGUUUCGCCGGGCCUAGAAGCUAGUGCUAGUCUCUCAGGACAGAGCGCCGGCAUCGUUCCGGCCAACUCUCCCGCCAUCAGAGCGGCAAACGCGGAACAAACUACGACGGGCGACAUGGCCGAUUCGGAUGCUGCGUCUCAGAGAGCGGCGGUGGGUUCGCGGCGGGUUAGCAGGGAAGCUACUACGAGGGAAGCUACUACUACUAGGGAAGCUACUACGAGGGAAGCUAAGUUCGCCGGUGGAGCGAGGAACCACAGAGAGCGAGUAAUGGCAGAAGCUCUGGUGUUCCAGGGUUGUGAAGAGCAGGGUAGUGAUUUGCAAGCUGCGGGGCUGAGAGCACAAGGCGCUACGACUAGGGCUCUCGCACCCGACGAACAGAUUGCGUUGGAGCCUCGCGUGGUCUCUGAUGCCCGAGCGCCGCGGCAGUUGCUAUCCACGGAAGGGCGCACCCUAGGUGGGCGACACGAAGGGCGCACGGAAGGACGCGCCUUAGGAGGGCGACAGGAAGGGCGCACGGAAGGGCGCGCCCUAGGAGGGCCAGCUUGCGCGCUCCCCGCCGCGCAUAGCGCUGCUGCGAGUCCUACAAGUACGAGUCUUGCCCAUACGGCGUUGAUCGCGGAUCUCAUAAACGAGCCAUACUUGGCGCCUGCUAUUGCUGGGAGUGUUUCUGGGCGACUUUCUGCGACUGCCCCUUCUGGGGGUGGCGCUACCCCGGAGCCGCUGAUGCUCGGCGCGCUGCGUUGCUGUUUUUGCGGAGCGGUGCUGACGGCGCUGAACACGGCAGUGGUACGUGAGACAGCCUUGUGGGCAUGGAGCGCAGGGCAGGCGGCAGGAGACGUCCACGUGGAGUGCUGCGACCGAUGCCUGAUGACUCCGAUUCAGUACUGAAUCAGCGUUACCAGAACUGCAGUGCUUUUAGAGCACGCUUCGUGUCGCAUGUCAUGAUGCGAGUCGUGAGAACAGUCUCGCCUCACAAUGGACGUCUGGUGGAUGGCUCGCCUCCAAGGUUGGGCGAUGCGGGUCCAGUUCUCUGAAUCAAACAGAGCGUGCCUGGUGAUCCCAGUUGGAGGCACGUUGAGGUGAUGUUGUUCGUGCGCCCAGCACGGAGGGCAGCAGAACAGAGCAAGUGUAGUGGGUGGGGCGGGGGGUGGUCCAUCUACUGUACAAUUUCGAAGAAACAUUGAGAAAUCUGCGAUGCGGGUUUUGUGAGGAGGAAAAGCCAGUGCGUCUCGGUUUUCGACAUGCGCCUCGGAUAUUUACCUCCGCACGAAACAUGUGUAAAGUGAACUAUUUUCGUAAGGGUAUGAUUUGUGCCUAGCUGGCCAAAUGAAACGUGACG